AGUAAAAAAGAAAGAGAGAGAGAGAGAGAGAGAGAGAGCUCCAGAACUGCACAGAAUGGCCAGUGAGGUACUUCGAUUACAAGAAACGCUACCCUUGUAACCCUACGAGGAUAGCCACCAAAAUCACCAUUUCAGAGUUGCAGAGGAAGCUCAAAAUCCACCCAAAACAAGUUCAACCUUCAAAGCAAGAAAAUGGGUUGUACUCAGUCCAAGAUCGAGAACGAAGAAGCUGUAUCUCGCUGCAAAGAUCGAAAGCAGUUCAUGAAAGAUGCCGUCACCUCCCGCAACGCCUUCGCCGCUGCCCAUUCUGCCUACUCGAUUGCCUUGAAGAACACCGGUGCCGCCCUAAGUGACUAUGGUCAAGGCGAAGUCCAAGAUCUCCACCGCCCAUCUCAGCCAACCCCACAACCACCCAUUGAAAACCUUCCCCCUCCGCCGCCUCCUCUCCCCAACUUCUCCUCUACUCCUCUUCAACGCGCCGCCAGUAUGCCGGAAUUCCUCAUCUCCAAGUCUCAUCACAUCCCCGACCACCCUGACACCAUCCGUGAAGAGGAUGACGCCGACGAUGAUGCUGACGACAAUGCUGACACCCUUCCUCAUGAAGACGAAGAGAAUGAGGUCAGUGAUCUCAAUCUCCGCCGCCACCGUCACCAUCACAGCGCCGGCGCUGGGGCUGGCGGCGGAGGUAGGAGGACGGUGACGGCCGAACCACCUCCUCCGCCAUCCCCACCUCCUACCCCUCCUGAUAACCCUCCAACCCCACUUCCCCUAGAGUCCAAGGGCAUGAUGUCAUGGGAUUACUUCUUCCCCAUGGCUGAGAACAUGCCCGGCCCUUCUUUGAGUGAGGCAGAUGAGAUUAGGCCUGAGAAAGAUGAGGCUGAGAAUGGGAUGUAUGAGAUGAGGUUUGAUAGAGCACAGAAUGGUGGUGGACAUGUUGAUGUUGGAGGUCAGGGUAGUAACGUCGAGCCACCUCCGACGCCGGAGAUGGUGAUUGAGCAGACUGAGAUGGUGGCAGUGAAGCCUCCGAAGAAUGGGAAGCAAGUUCAUCUUGUUCAUACCAACACGGCGCCUGCUGAGGUUAAGAGAGGGGGUAGGGGUGCACCUAGUGUUAAUCUGUUGCAGAUACUGCAUAAGCUUGAUGAUCAUUUCCUUCGGGCGUCGGAAAGUGCUCAUGAAGUUUCAAAAAUGCUUGAGGCUACUCGGCUGCAUUAUCACUCCAACUUCGCUGACAAUCGAGGACACAUUGACCAUUCUGCCAUAGUUCUGCGUGUUAUUACAUGGAACAAGACGUUUAGAGGUUUAAAUACUAAUGAUGGAAAGGAUGAUUUUGAUUCAGAAGAAUUUGAAACUCAUGCUACUGUAUUGGAUAAGUUGCUAGCGUGGGAGAAAAAACUCUAUGAUGAAGUUAAGGCUGGUGAACUUAUGAAACUGGAAUAUCAGAGAAAGGUUGCUUUGUUGAAUAAGCAAAAGAAACGUGGUGCUAGUUCUGAGGCGCUAGAGAGAACCAAGGCUGCAGUGAGUCAUUUGCACACAAGAUACAUAGUUGACAUGCAGUCAAUGGAUUCGACAGUCUCUGAAAUAAAUCGUUUACGUGAUCAGCAGUUGUAUCCAAAACUUGUUGACCUUGUUGAUGCGAUGGGCAAAAUGUGGGAAUCAAUGCAUGCUCAUCAUGAUGAGCAGCUGAAAAUUGUUUCAGACCUCAGAUCCCUUGAUAUUACCCAUGCUCCCAAGGAAACAAGCCAGCACCAUCAUGACCGUACCAUCCAGCUGUUGGAUGUUCUUCAUGAAUGGCAUUCACAAUUCCAGAAGCUUGUGGCCCAUCAGAAAGAGUACAUUCAUGCCCUCACAGUCUGGCUAAAACUUAACAUCAUCCCUAUUGAGAGCAGCUUGAAGGAGAAAGUCUCUUCCCCACCAAGGCUUUUGCGGCCCCCAAUCCAGGCCCUUCUGCAUGCCUGGCAUGACCAUCUCGAUAAAGUUCCGGAUGAGCUGGCCAGGACUGCAAUAUCCACCUUUGCUGCUGUUAUCAAAUCCAUCAUGGAUCAUCAACAGGAAGAGAUGAAAAUGAAGGAAAAAUGUGAGGAGACCAGGAAGGAGUAUAUGCGAAAGAGCCGGGCUUUUGAUGACUGGUACAACAAAUACAUGGAACGCCAUAUGCCUACUGAUGAAACAAAUCAGGAUAGAACUGAAGACACAAAUGUCAGUGAAAGGCGGUAUGCAGUUGAGAUCCUUAAGAAGAGGCUAGAGGAUGAAGUAGAAGCCCACCAGAAGCUUUGCAGGCAAGUAAGAGAGAAGUCAUUAAGUAGUCUCAAGAUGCACUUACCUGAGCUUUUCCGCGCUAUGUCAGAUUUUGCUUUUGCUUCUUCUGAUAUGUACAAGAAGUUGCAAUUCAUUUCUCAAUCACAAAAUCCGACCGGGAGCUGAUCGUAACUCGAACAAUGUUGUGUGUGUGAUGUGUGUAUUCUGUAUCUAUUUUCGACUUUCAGCAUGCUUUUACAUGCAGUAAUCUAUUUCAUCCCACUUAUCCUGUAUCACUGUGCUGUCAAUUCGCAAUUUACCAUCAAUUUUGUGAACUUGAAGAUGAAAAUGGCAAUAUUAUAGUAUACUGGCUCUAAAUUUGCUGCA